UAUAAAUGAAUUAAAAAACCAUAUCAAAGGGAACUUUCUAGGUAUUAUUAACACAUCUAUUCCCUCCCAACCAAACAUUCAGAAAUUUCACAGCAUAUAUAGCCCAACCCCCACACUUUGAGUUUUCACAAUAUAGCCUAUCCCCAUUGUCCUUAAAUACACCUAAUUUAUUUCUUCUAAUUUCAUUUGAAUUCACAACAACAAAAAUACAUACAUUCUCCUAAUUUCUUCUCAAAUAAUGAAGGAUACUAUAGUUCUAUACCCUGCUCUUGGUAGUGGACACUUAAUGUCCAUGAUUGAAUUAGGCAAACUCAUAUUAACCCAUCACACUUCAUUUUCCAUCACAAUUCUCAUCCUCACACCACCCACCAAUAACAACAAUAACCAACACUUACUUUCUCAUACAAAACAAUACAUUGCUUCAGUUACAACCACAUUCCCUUCAAUUAAUUUUCACUACAUUCCUACAAUUUCAUUUCCAACAACCCUUCCACCACAAUCUCUCACCCUUGAACUCUCUCACCAAAGCAACCACCAUGUUCAAAAUAUUCUACAAUCAAUUUCCAAAACCACAAACAUCAAAGCUGUUAUCUUGGAUUUCCUCACCUAUAGUGCCUCACAAGUAACAACCACACUUGAAAUCCCCACUUAUUUUUACUACACUUCAGGUGCUACUGUUCUAUCCAUGUUCAUUUAUUUUCCAACGAUUCAUCAGAACGCUACAAAACCAAUUAAGGAUCUUCAUAUGCCUCUUCAAAUUCCUGGAUUACCAAAGAAUAUUUCAACAGAUGAUUACCCUGAUGAAGCUAAGGAUCCCGAGACUAAAGCUUACAAGGUUUUACUUGAUUCGGCGAAAACUAUGAGAGAAUGUGAUGGGAUUAUUGUGAACACUUUUGAUGCUAUUGAAGAAAAAUCUAUUAAAUCUUUGAAUGAAGGGUUAUUUGUUCCAGAUGGAAUUACUCCACCAAUUUUUUGUAUUGGACCUUUGAUUACAGCGUCAUAUGGUGAAGACGAAAAUGGGUGUUUGAGUUGGCUGGACUCGCAACCGAGUCAAAGUGUCGUGUUUCUAAGUUUUGGAAGUAUGGGGAGAUUUUCCAAGGCUCAGUUGAAUGCAAUAGCUUUUGGAUUGGAGAAAAGUGAGCAACGAUUCUUGUGGGUUGUUAGAAGCGAGUUGGAGUUAGAUGAGUUGAGUUUAGAUGAAUUGUUGCCAAAAGGGUUUUUAGAAAGGACGAAUGAAAAGGGAAUGGUUGUGAAAAAUUGGGCCCCACAACGUGAAAUAUUGAGUCACGAUUCAGUUGGUGGGUUUGUUACACAUUGCGGGUGGAACUCUAUUUUGGAGGCUGUUUGUGAAGGAGUGCCUAUGGUGACGUGGCCUUUGUAUGCUGAACAAAAUCUGAACAAAGUUAUUUUAGUUGAGGAAAUGAAGGUGGCUUUGAAGCUUAACGGGUCGAAAGAUGGGUUUGUUAGUGAAAAUGAGUUGGGGGUGCGAGUUAAGGAAUUGAUGAACUCAAAUAAAGGUGAAGAGAUUAGGCAAAAGAUUUUCAAGAUGAAAAUUAGUGCUAAGAAGGCAAAAGAAGAAAAUGGAAGUUCACUAGUUGCUUUGAAUAAAUUAGCUCAACUGUGGAAUGAGAAUAAGCAGUAUGAUAUAUGAUUGAAGAAUACAAAUUUAUGAUGUAUGAUUGAAGAAUCCAAAUUUAAUAUGCGAUAUGGGUAUUGUUAGCCCCUGUCACGUCCAUUUUAGUAUACUAGUUAGAAGUUAUUUUUCGUCUCACAGAGAGAAUUUAACAAUAAUAAAAUAGAGUAGAAGUUAUGAUUCAAAUCUCUGUAGAAUUUGUAGAUUAUUUAUUAUUUCAUGUCUACUAAAAUAUAAGAGCUUUUUAAUUAAAUCA